GGCAAAAUAAAACUGACAGCAUGUCACAGCAAAUAAUAUCCAUUGUGAUAAAUGGAACUGAAACUAAAUCUUUAAAUCUUUCAUCUUUAACCUCCCUCAACCCCGAUUUCUCUUCCUCCAGGCGAAGACUACGUGACGGAGAAGUUCUUCAAGGCUUUAGCCAUGGACGUGGUGCCCGUGGUGCUGGGCGGGGCCAACUACUCGUCCAUAGCGCCACCGAACUCCUUCGUCGACGCCAUGGACUUCGCCAGCCCCGUCCUCCUUGGCGCCCACCUGCUCUCUAUCGCUCGCAACCGCUCGCUCUAUAACAGCUUCUUCGCGUGGAAGGGCGAGUACCAGAUAGACCUCGGCUUUCCUUUUCACCCCCUGGUGUGUGAUCUGUGCAGGAAGUUGCACCAAAGCAGUCGGCAAAAUGCGAGAAGUUACUCUAAUGUUGAAAGCUGGUUCAGAGGAGCAUCUCGCUGCCAUCCGUGGCAGAGACCAGACCGGCAGCAGAGUCGACUAACCUGAAGUGCCCUUGGAAGUCAGCGAGCAAAGUUACGCUCUGCCUUUUGUAGCGUUUUGAUUCGCCUCUCUCUCUCUCUUUCUUCCUCCCCCUUCUCUCUCUUUCUCUUUCUCUUUCUCCCUCCCCCUUCUCUCUCUCUCU